AAAAGAGAAAACGCCUAAACCUAAUGUGCAGCUGGGCUGUAUGCAGCCGCAGUGCACACGGCCCAGCCUGCGCAGGCCUUUUUCCCCUACCUCACGCUACAGGAGGCAGAGGAGGGCAUGGCGUGCAUCCACGGCUGCCAUGGCCAUGGAUGGCCUCCACGUCGUUCCCCUCGGCCUAUAAACAUGCCCAACUGCAACCCUAGCUCGCCCUCAUCCGUUUCCCCCUUGAUCCCCCAUCGCCCCCUUCUCAUCUGCUUGAAUUCGAGGUCGGAACCUCGCGCGGCGAUUGUGCUCGUCAUCACCGUCAUUGCGGCCACCGUCGUCUCCGGCGUGCGGGAGCACGUCCAGGAGGUCCGCCGCGGCCGGAUCCGUCUGUUCCAGGGACCAGCUCAAGCCGGGACGUCCCGUACAUUCGCCAUCGACGUCGUCCUCUCCGUGUACUUCGUCGCUGUCCGCCAUCGUUUGCCGCUGCUCCGAGCCGUCCCCUACCUCCCCGACCUCGCCGUCGCGCUUGUGAUGGUGGCCCCCAGGAGUUAGAUGCCAACCCCGACGCCUACUGCUACUACCCCGAGGGUGCCUACUACUAUGUGGAGACCGCCGACGACCAGGAGUAGUUAGGAGGUCCCAGGCAGGAGGCCUUCCUCUUCGAUCGUUGUUGCUUUUGUGUUAGACUUCU